AUGUCAACGAUGGCGGCGGAAGAGGAGGAGGUGAAGGCGGAAGGGGGAGCGAGAGGUGCUGGGAACGGAGGUGGUGAGACCGGCAGGGGGAGAAGAAAUUAUGAGGAUGAUGGGGACGGAGGUGGUAGUGGUCACGGUAAUAAUAAUAACGAUAGCGGAAACGGUAGUAGUUACGUAAGCGGAGAUGGUAACAAUGGCGAUGGUAGUGGCAACGGAAGCAAUGGUGCUAGGAAAGGCGGUGGAAAUGGAUACGGUGAAAAUAAUAAUGAGGGUAAUCGCAACGGAGUAAACUAUAGAAAUAAUGGAGGGGGAGAAGGCGGAGGCAGUGGUGGUAACUGUAGAGAUAAUAAAGGCCAGAACAACAAUGGCGGAGAUAGAGAUGGUGAUGGAAAUAGAAGAAGCAAUGGUGAUUGCGGUUAG